AUGAGCGAGACAUGCGCGAACCCCCUUCUCCUGGGGUGGAUUAAAGAAUGGCUGGACCAAGCCAAAGAACACAAUAGCAAAGGAGUGACGGUAUACAAAAAGGCCUACGAGUCGAUGAAAGCCUGUCCAUUAGUCUUUCAACAUCCAUCCGAAGCUCAGCAGCUCAACGGUCUUGGCCCUAAACUGUGUGACCGAUUGACAGAUAAGUUAAAGUCCCACUGUGCGGAAAAUGGGCUUCCAAUGCCCGAGUAUCCCAACAGCACAGUAACAAAUGGCAAAAGGCUGUCCGGCGAAGGUGUCUCAGAGGGUCAGCCGGCGAAGAAGCCUCGGAAAGCCAGACCUUAUGUGCCGGCGUUGCGGUCCGGACCUUACGCGAUCCUACUGGGCCUCAGCACACUCGAUGAAAAUUCAUCUCAGAGUUUGACAAAGGCACAGUUGAUCGAUAGAGCACAACCAUAUUGUGACAGCUCAUUCACGGCUCCGAGUGACCCAGGCAAGUUCUUUACCGCUUGGAGCUCAAUGAAAACGCUUCUCCAGAAAGACUUGGUUUAUGACCACGGCCAUCCUUUGAAAAAGUAUGCUCUUACGGAAGAAGGAUGGGAAGUUGCGAAGCGGGUCAAGAAGACGCUCCCUGAAAACCAAAACACCUUAUCCUUUGGGAAUCAAAUGGAUACAUCCGGCGCACCCCAAGCCUCCAGGGCAAGUACUGCCGACCCGCAAGUCCUCCCCCAAGAAAGCAACGAAAACCUAGAAGCAACCCUCAAUCCUCAAAUGAACAGGGGAAAUGGCCCCGAGGACACCACAGUAACACCAAUCGUCCUACCCCCCAACAGCUUCACAAUCCAGCUGGUCCUGGACACGCGCGAAGUCCGAACAUCCAAAGACAGAGACUAUAUCUCCAACGAGCUCAGCAAAAAGGGCAUCACCACGCAAGUGCGCGCACUCGAACUCGGCGACGCAAUGUGGGUAGCCAAGUUCCACGACCCGAAGUUCCUCUCGCAGUACGGCGAAGAAGGCGACGAAGUCAUGCUCGACUACAUCGUAGAACGCAAAAGACUCGACGAUCUCAUUGGCUCAAUCAAAGACGGACGUUUCCACGAACAAAAGUUCCGUCUCCGUCGGUCCGGCAUGAAAAACGUCAUCUAUCUCAUCGAAGAAUUCUCCCUCGCGUACGACGCCAAUACCCCCGCCGCACUGAAAUACCAGGAAAUGGUCGCGUCGGCCAUCGCCUCGACGCAGGUCGUCAACGGCUACUUCGUCAAGAAAACUAAGAAUCUCGAUGAUACAAUCCGCUACCUGGCACGCAUGACCUUUCUCUUGCGGAAGAUGUACACCCAGGACACUGCCCCUGAUUCACCGGAUACACCUCCGUCUCAUACCCUCAGCUUAAUACCCAGCCGCCAAUUAUCUUCCUCUCAGUCAUACCUUAAUACCCUUGUCCAUUUCAGAGCUGAGAAUCCCUCCAUUACUUAUGCCGUAACUUCCUCCACGUUUGCCGCCCUGGCUUCCAAAUCGGAGUCUCUUUCCCUCCGCGAUGUGUUCCUGAAAAUGCUUAUGUGCACGCGUGGCGUGACGGGCGACAAAGCCCUUGAGAUCCAGCGUCGAUGGCCCACCCCGCAGGCGUUUAUUAAAGCGUUUGAGGCGUUAGAUGCCAAGGGUAGGGAGACUUUGGUCUCCGAUCAGCUGUCUUCCGCAGUCGGGAGGAAGAAGGUGGCUAAGGUUCUGAGUAAGAAGAUCGCUGAGGUGUGGGGGGAGGAUGGUUGA